AUGGCAUCAGAAUACGAGAAGAAAACGGUAGCGCAGCUGCAAGAAAUACUCAAAGGCCGUGGUUUGACCACCAACGGUAAGAAAGCCGAGCUCAUUGCCCGUCUUCAGGAAGCCGAUAAAACAUCCAACGACACAAAAUCAACCGAAGCCAAGCCCGACGCUGCCGCAGAAGAUAUAAUCGACUGGGACGAUGAAGCGCCUGCUACCGAAGCACCCUUAAAGGAGGCCACACAAGCUUCGACAGAAGCCGGCGCUGCUACUAUUGCUGCUGGCGGGCAGGGACAAGUGCCUAACCCCGUGGCUGUCCCCAAUCAGACACUCGGAGAAGAUCCCGCAACCACUAACGAUCUCCAUGUUGAGGGUGUCCCCAAAGAACAGCCUGUAGUGGAGGAAAAGCCCCCGAUCGACUACAGCAUCGGACUUCAGCCAACAGAGAUUGAGGAAGAGUUGAGGAAACGCAAAGCCCGCGCGGAGAAAUUUGGCAUUGUCGCUGAAACUGGCUCAGAGACGACAGAGGCGGAGAAGGUUAUUGAGCGAGCAAAACGAUUUGGAACGGGUGCCUCCAGCGACCAGGGUGUGGGUGUUAACCGUCUGGACCAAGCCCUUCCAAAUGAGCGAGAACGCAAGCGCGGUAGAGGAAAUGAUCAAGGUGGUCGGGGAGGCAAGCGACGCAACAUCGGUGGUGGACACAAUGGUGGACGUAAUCGUCCCCAGAAUAACAACCGCAAGGGCACCAACCCAAGUGGUCGAAGCAACGCUCCUAAGCCCGUGUUUAGUGACAAGGAUAGAGCUGCGGCAGAAGCCAGAAAGAACCGGUUCACUACGGCUGCGUGA